ACUUUUAAAAUGUAGCUUCAAUAUUGGUCUGUGACAAUGCUGAUUGAUGUAUAGUUCACUUCAUAAACCAUAGAAAAGAGCUUUGAUUCAAGUGAUUGCUAUUUUAGUUUACUAUGGACCCCGAGACUAUCAUGGCUGCGGAUGGGGCUGAUUCUGCUCCUGCAAAUGGUGCUUUAACAAUGGAAAGUGUAUGUGUUCAAGAAAAUGGGGUUGUUUCUGUCGAAACCGUGGAUACUACUUCAGAAAGUCAGAAUGAGAAUUCGGGAAACAGUUCCACUUUCGAUGCAAUUGAACACGUCAAGGAGGCAGCUGAGGGCACACAAGUUGAAAUUGUAGAUGAUUCAAAGUGUAUGAAACGCGAAAAAGCUCAACGGAAGCUAAAGCACGAGAAACUAUCAGGUGGUAAGAAUAUUCCAUCAGUUCACAUCAAAAAGAACAAAGAGGGCAAAAGUGCAGAUGCUAAAGUGGUAGCAUCAAAUGGUUCUGUUGCUCCUAUUGCACAUACAACAAAGCCUCUUAAGAGCAAAUCAUUCAAUGGUCGAGAGGCUCAAGUCACAAAGCAAGGGAAGCAUGACCCUGCACCAGCUAAAAGUGCUGACGGGGACAAGGUGAAACCAAAGCCUCAAAAGAAACAAACCCAUGAGACAUCUGAAGAUGAUACUCAGUCGUCUAAUAGUCCGAAAGAAGACGAUGGAAAACCUCGUAAAGUUGGUGCACUUCCAAAUUAUGGAUUCAGUUUCAAAUGUGACCAACGGGCUGAAAAGAGAAGAGAGUUCUAUGUUAAGCUUGAGGAGAAGACUCAUGCAAAAGAAGAGGAAAUUAAUAGCAUGCAAGCCAAGUCCAAGGAAACACAAGAAGCUGAGCUUAGGAUGCUAAGGAAGAGUUUGAACUUCAAAGCCACACCUAUGCCUAGCUUUUAUCAAGAACCUCAGCCGCCUAAAACAGAGUUAAAGAAGAAGAUACCACCAACGAGACCCAAAUCUCCAAAACUCGGGCGAAAGAAGACUGCUUCUGGAGCGGAUUGUGAAGAAACUCAAACCCCUCGUCUUGGUAGGCUAAGCCUAGAUGAGAGAGCUUCUAAAGAUAACCCAACUGCAAAGGGAAUUAUGCCAACAGUUGAUCUUAAGAAGCAACCUGUGCGCAAGUCACUUCCAAGAUUGCCAUCUCAGAAAACAGCUCUCCCUGAUGGAAAACCAACCCCAGCCAAAGCUGCCACAAUCUCAGCAAAGGUGAAACCUGAGAAAAAGAAACUUGAAAAAGAUGCAGAAACAGUAAACCAGUCUUCACAUCCCAUAGAAGAGGAAACACAAGUGACUGUAUCAUCCAAUGCUGAUGCAGAAGAUUCACAUGAGACUGUAUCUCCAAGGAAGAAUGAAGACAGAGCCGACAAGUCCAUUGAGGUAUCUGAAGCGGUUGCUGUUGAGCAUUAAAAACUCUGCGGUACAAUCAUUACUCUCAAGACUCAUCAUAUCUCUUGCAUUAAGUAAGGAGGACAAGAGAAAAAGAAACCGUAUAAUAUUUAUAUACCUUCAGCCAAAACUUAUAUGAGAAGAGAUGGGUAAAAAGAGUGGAAAGAAAUCAUGUGGGUUUGG